AUGGAGAAACGAAAGAGAGAGUCAAGCUUUGGCGAAUCAGAAUCAGUGUCUUCCCAUUCUGAGAAGGAUUCUGAAGUUCAACCUGAGAGCACAACAAUGGAGGAGUCUAAUGAUGAUGAUAUAAAGCAACCGGAGGUUUCUUUGGAAGAUAGUGUGAGAACCUUGACUGAGAAACUCUCAGCUGCUCUUGCUAGCGUGAGUGCUAAAGAAGAUCUUGUGAAGCAACAUGCCAAAGUCGCUGAAGAAGCUGUCGCUGGUUGGGAGAAAGCUGAGAAUGAAGCGGCUGCGUUGAAGGAGAAGCUUGAGGCUGUUGAUGAGAAGAACAAAGUGUUGGAAGAUAGAGUAAGCCAUCUCGAUGGAGCUCUCAAGGAAUGUGUUAGACAGUUAAGGCAAGCAAGAGACGAGCAAGAAGAGAGAAUCCAAGACGCUGUCACCGAGAGAACACAGGAUCUGCAGUCUUCCAAAACCAACUUAGAGAGCAAGAUUCUUGAAUCUACAAGAAAGUCUGAUGAGCUCAGCCAGAUGGCUGAGUCUGUUGCCAAGGAAAACGUGAUGCUGAGGCACGAGCUUCUUGCACGGUGCGAGGAGCUAGAGAUCAGAACGAUCGAGAGAGAUUUGAGCACACAGGCAGCUGAAACCGCUAGCAAGCAGAUGUUAGAUAGCAUCAAGAAAGUGGCGAGGCUUGAGGCUGAGUGCAGGAAGCUUAGGAUGUUGGCUAAAUCUUCGUUUAAUGACCAUCGGUCGAAUGAUAGUCAUUCUGAUGGAGGGGAGAGGAUGGAUGUGAGCUGCUCUGAGUCAUGGACACCAUCAUCGUCGUUGGUUGAGAAGAGAACUUCUUCUUCCAUUGAGAUUGAUCUCAUGGGUGAUUUUCUUGAGAUGGAACGUCUUGUGGCUUUGCCUGAGACUGGACCUGAGUCUGUCGCUGAAGAGAAAGAGAACUUCUUGGCUGCUGAAAUGGAAGUGUUGAGUAGCAGAAACAAGGAGCUUGAAGAGAAGUUGGAGAAGCUUGAAAGGGAAGUUAAAAGCAAUAGAGAAGUGGAGAUCACACUAAGAUUUGAGCUUGAAUCUAUGAGAUGUGAUAAAGUGGAGCUUGAAAAUCAGUUGGAGAAGUUAGAAAGCGAAGUUAAAUGUAACAGAGAAGUGGAGAGGGGAUUGAGGUUUAAGCUUGAAGCUAUAGUUUGUGAUAAAACAGAGCUGGAAGAUAAGUUGGAGAAGAUGGAGGUUGAGAAAGCUGAGCUACAGAUAUCUUUUGACAUAAUCAAAGAUAAGUACAAAGAAUCUCAAGUUUGUCUGCAAGAUAUUGAGAUGAAGCUGGAGGAGAUACAGAAGGAGAUGAAAGUAGCUAACGAACUGAAAACAGAAGUUGAGUAUCAGAUUAUUGCCAUGGAAGCAGAGACGAAGACUAAGUCAGCAAAGAUUGAGUCUUUGGAGGAAGACAUGAGAAAGGAGAAGUUUGCCUCUGAUGAGCUUAAGAGAAAAUGUGAGGCUCUUGAAGAAGAAGUCUCUCUCCAUCAAGAAAACGCCAUCAAGAGAGAAAAUGUAGAGCCUAAGAUCAAACAGGAAGACAUGGUAACAGCUGCAGGGAAGCUGGCGAAUUGUCAGAAGACAAUAGCUUCGUUGGGGAAACAGCUUCAGUCUCUUGCAACACUUGAGGAUUUCUUGAUCGAUACAGCGAGCAUUCCAGUGGCUACAAAUGGUGUAAGCAACGGUAAUAGCACUAGCUCAGAGAAUUGGAAAGUUCACAAGAAUGGAAGUUUCUUGACAAGAAAUCAUCCAGAGUCCAUCAAACCGAACAAAGAACCAUCAUCUUCUUUUGCUGGUGGUGGUGGUUCAGUGCCAAUGACAUCAAACAGAGGGAGUUCUGAGAAGAACCGCAAUGGAUUUGCUAAAGUGUUUACUCGAAGUAAAGACGGGAUACAUCUAGCGAUUUAG